AUGACCGUGGCCCAUGAAGCUUAUGUCUCUAACAUUUCUGCGUUGUUUGCCGAAAGCACCUUUAGUAGUGGCAUAGACCAAAAUAUUCCAAUUUCACAAUAUAUCACAACGCUGACACUCCAGCGCUGGCCACCACGCGCACGUGCGACUGAGAUUCUAACUCCAAAUUAG